AUGUACAGUCGCCAGGUACGUGUUUCAUUCUUACCGCUACGCAGUCGCCGCGCAACCGCUCCCAUGCUGCUUAUCCUAACGUUGAUUUUAGACAAUCAAGCUUCCUUAAUUGAUCUAGAGCCUCCUGUAAAAAUAUGCGGUGAUAUUCAUGGACAGUAUGCAGGUAUCAUUCGUCAUCGUUGUUUUGAAUGUAAAGAUGUUCUACGACUACUCGAUCGUUCCGGAUUUCCACCAUUUGUUAAUUAUCUGUUUCUUGGAGAUUACGUAGACCGAGGACAGCAAAAUUUGGAAUGUAUAGCAUUGUUCUUUUGUUAUAAAAUUAAAUAUCCAGGAAACUUCUUCAUAUUACGUGGAAAUCACGAAUGUUCACCAAUAAAUCGAGUUUAUGGGUUUUUCGAAGAAUGCAAUCGCCGAUAUCAAAGCACUCGGUUGUGGUUACAGUUUCAGGACGCUUUUGCAACACUUCCCUUCACAGCUCUGAUUUCUGGGAAGAUACUCUGCAUGCAUGGAGGAUUGUCACCAAAGCUCAAAUCACUCGAACAGCUGCGACAGAUAACUCGUCCCAUUGAUCCACCCAAUCCGUCGCUUCAUAUAGAUCUUCUCUGGAGUGACCCUGAUAAUUAUAUAAAAGGAUGGGCGUCGAACUCUCGAGGUGUCUCGUACGUUUUCGGACCAGAUGUAGUUUUCGAAAUGAAUCGUAUUCUGAAUAUUGAACUAGUUGCCAGAGCACAUCAGGUUGUACAAGAUGGGUACGAGUUUUUCGCAAAUCGAAAACUUGUCACCAUAUUUUCCGCUCCACACUAUUGCGGUCAAUUCGACAAUGCGGCAGCCGUUAUGAAUGUGGACGAAAACCUGUUGUGCUCAUUUACAAUUUUGCGACCAAGUCUGAGAGCUUGUAAAGUGCAACCAAAGUAG